GCAGUGUUAACAAAAAAGUAGUGUGUAUUGUGCUAUUUUUUUUACUCUAGAAACUUAACCAUUUGUAGAGAAAAAGGAACAGUCAAAUUUUCACACAUUGAAGUUUCAUUCUGACCUAAAAUUAAUGAUAAAAAUGAAUAGAAAUCAAGCUUUAUAUUUUAGCCAACAUAAGUACUUUCAACAAACUCAGGUGGUGUAUCAGGGAGACAUUUUCUGGGUGUAUUUGUGUGUUUUCUCUCUUGAAAAAGAAUGUGUUCUAAUGCAAGGACAUUUCUCUGCAGGAGUCAUUCCUGAUGAGACUAAGGCUUUGUCUCUGUUGGCCCCAGCUAACGCAGUGGCAGGCCUUCUGCCCGGUGGUGGACUCCUGCCGACUCCAAACCCACUAACUCAGAUUGGUGCUGUUCCUUUGGCUGCUUUGGGAGCUCCUGCCCUUGACCCUGCCCUUGCCGCUCUUGGACUUCCUGGAGCAAACUUGAACUCUCAGUCUCUUGCAGCAGAUCAGCUACUAAAGCUUAUGAGUACUGUUGAUCCCAAGUUGAACCAUGUGGCUGCAGGUCUUGUUUCACCAAGUCUGAAAUCAGAUACCUCCAGUAAAGAAAUAGAGGAGGCAAUGAAAAGAGUCCGUGAAGCUCAGUCGCUGAUUUCUGCUGCGAUAGAGCCAGAUAAGAAAGAAGAGAAACGAAGGCAUUCAAGGUCAAGGUCACGCUCGCGGAGAAGGAGGACUCCCUCGUCAUCUCGACACAGGCGGUCAAGAAGCAGAUCCAGGAGGAGAUCGCACUCUAAGUCCAGGAGCCGGCGGCGAUCUAAGAGUCCGCGGCGGCGAAGAUCUCAUUCCAGAGAGAGGGGGAGAAGGUCUCGGAGCACCUCCAAGGCCAGAGAGAAAAAGAAAGAAGAAAAAGAAAAGAAACGUUCCAAAACUCCUCCAAAAAGCUACAGCACAACCAGACGAUCAAGAAGCGCAAGCAGAGAGAGACGACGCAGAAGAAGCAGGAGUGGAACAAGGUCACCUAAAAAACCACGGUCUCCGAAAAGAAAAAUGUCCCGGUCACCAUCUCCGAGAAGGCACAAAAAGGAAAAGAAGAAAGAUAAAGACAAAGAGAGGAGCAGAGAUGAGCGAGAGAGAUCCACCAGCAAGAAGAAGAAGAGCAAAGACAAAGAGAAGGACCGGGAGAGAAAAUCGGAGAGCGACAAAGAUGUAAAACAGGUUACUCGGGAUUACGAUGAAGAAGAACAGGGCUACGACAGCGAAAAAGAGAAGAAAGAGGACAAGAAGGCUGCGGAAAGCGCUUCCCCCAAGACGAAGGAGUCUCCGGUGGAAAAGGGGAGCGGCGACUCCCUGAGAGAAUCCAAAGUGAACGGAGAUGACCAUCACGAAGAAGACAUGGAUAUGAGCGAUUGAAAGUUGCCUUUGAACGAGUCCAACUGUACACAUGCAUCAGUGUCAUUCCUCCGUGUGAUUUCUUUCUGCUGUAUCUCUUAAUCCUAAACCUAGAUGUAAAACAGCUCUGAGCGCUAAAUGGUCGUCAAGCUCCCCGAUAUUAGUUGUUUCCAUCAAAAGCUUUAUAGGAAGUGACAGGCGGGUAACCAUCCUUGUUCUGGCCCCAGCCGCCGGAGUAGCCCCGCGCUGCUUCAGGCCAGGCCGGCGGUGGCAGGCUGCAUGACUCUACAGCAGGCAUGGAUUGUUUAUGUUGUAUGAUCUCCUUUAGUAAAUAAGCUCACUUAGUAUUUCUAGAGUUUGAUUAACUGCAGUAAUAGAACCGUAUAGGGAAUGCACUGACUGCAUGUUACUUGUGGCAGGACUAUCCUUCAAUGUUAUUAAAUCCUACAACAGAGGAUGGAGCGACUCAAGGGUCUUAAGUGUGGUGACGUGACAGAUUAACAAUUUACAGUUACAUCCGGAAGUAAAACAUUCUGAAGUAGGUAGAUAAUCUUUUUAGCCUUGCGGCUGAAUUCUCCAUGGGUUCUGUUUAGCUUUGAAAGGUUAAAGAUGCGCUAACCUUUUUGGGUAACAAGUUAGGCGGCUUCAUUUUCUUUCAGAUAUAACUGCCUCUGGAAGAUGGACAGAAAAUUUUGAAGUAGAGUUACCUCUCUGCGUUGUUGGGAGCCGAUUUUUUUUUUUUUUUUUUUUUGUGAUGUUCGUGCCCUCUGCAUCGGCAUCGAUGAAACCUGUCACCCCAGUGCUGGCUUUUUAAUGGUUGACUUUUUUCACUUUGGUUCUUAAUUUGGCGGGGGGGGGGGUCGGGAGGGGGGUUGUUUUGGUUUUUUUUGUUUUGUUUUUGAGCUCAAUAAUGCAAAAAGGGGUAGUGCAUUUUAAAUUGACCUUGGUCUGCUUUUAAGAACAAGUCUUGAUAUAAUGUAAUUCUUAUUUGAUCUCAAGUUGUAUAAACUAAUGAAUUUGUGUUACUGUCACUUGCAGUAGUAAUCUUAUGCACACCAAGAUUCCAUGUUAUGCAAAAGUAGUUAGGCAAGCUGUUUUCUUAGUUAAAAAAAAGUUUCAGAGCUUUUACUUUUGUGCAGGUAAAGACAAAAGUAGGCUACAGUCUGUGCCAUGUUGAUGUACAGUUUCUGAAAUUGUUUUACAAGACUUUGAUAAUAAAACCCUUAAACUUACGCUCAUGUUCCUGUAAAACUGUACUUGUAUUUAUUUACACUAUUGAAUGUAUGAAAUUUACCUCAUUCAUUUAAGACCUUUCACUUCCUAUCUCCAUUUAAACGCAACAGCCGCUAAAGUCCAGCGCUAGGGAUUAGAAAAAUUGAGUGGUGAAGACCGAAAAAGUCUGGGGGCCUGGAUUCAUGGGGCAGCUUGUCGAGUCUUCUCUCUCCCCACUGCCUCCCUCGGACCCGGGGUGCUGGUGGGGAAGUACGAGAAGAGGGUUGAACUUCAAGAUCUAGGAUUCGUUAAAAGACCGUUACCUUGUAUUUGGUGAACGUAUUUUCAAUGAAGUAUUCUGGAAAAGGUGUUGAAGAUUAGUAUUAGAGGUCUUGCAACUAGAGUACAAUUCUAAUGGCCCAUUCUUUCCUGAGUGAUUCAAGAGAAUAGCUCGCUUGGAGACAUGUAACUUGGCAAAUUUAGCAACAGUUUUCUAAACAUUUUACAAUUUGUCAUAGGAAUGCAGCAUCUUUUUAGAGUUUGUAGAACGUUAACUUUUUCAAGAAUUUUUAUCAAAAGAAACUUUGUCUACAGUAUCAAAAAUUUUCCCGGCCAAGCAGUAGUCUUAGUCUCUGCAUUUCAAAGCGGAACCAACCAAGUUACCCACACGAAAUGGUAUUAGGUCAGAGGUGCCCGUGAGGAGGAGGCUUCGGCAGUCGGAAUCGUUAGCGAGAGCGUGAGGACCAGGGAUGCCUAUGUUGCAGUCACGGAGGGGAAAGCUCCGACCUUCUCUUUGCUUGGAACAUCCUACCACUGGCCGAGUUGACGUUCUGCGACGAAGGGAUUCCGUAGUCUGAGUGCUUUUCCUGCCCGGAAUACCAGCCGGCCCGCCGGAGACAUUGACCAGACACCCACGUUCGUAGAGUUGCGCACCGCCUCCACAUUGAGUUCUGUUCUGUAUUUGGUAGUAAAUAUGAUGAAAUAAAAUGGUUUUACUAGA